AUGGCAAGGCUAAGUCUUUCUCAAUGGCAGGGCGCAUUGUGCUGGAUAGCCCUGAUUCACCCAAUUCUUGCCCAAUUACGUCAUACGGAAUUUUCUACUGGUCAUACGUUUGAACCGCGGCUUCUAACUGCAGUCAGCGUAGUUAUUUCCAAUGGGCAAGGUCUUGACGACAGCUAUACUAGUGAUGCAGAAGUGCUUCUCGACGGUGAGCCAUGUGUGGCGCUGAUAGAGUUGCUCUAUGCGCUGCAUCUGGAGAGCAAGCUUGUUUCUGUUCCUUCGCUGAUGCCACACGGCAUGUUUGCACAAUUUGACUCUGAUAUAGAGUUGCUUCUAUAUGUCCAGAAUGUGUUUGAUCGAAUUCCCCUAGUAUGCGCGACAAUUUUUUCAGCUACUUAA